AUGCGGACCAUCCUGAUCUCUGCUGCCCUAUCCUUUGCCUUUGGCUACAGUGCCUGCAACUUUGCCAUCAUCUCGACCAUCUGCGACGUUGCUGCCUCUAGAUACCUGCUGUACGCGAUAUUGAUCCUCGUCGUCCUCUUUGUGCUCAUAUUGAUCCCCCUGGAGCGGAUCGCUAACUUUGAAGCCCGAAGGGUCUUUUGGCCAUCCCAUCUGUGCUCGAGACACGUCCGCACUGGAUUCAUCAUUGGCUGGAACGUCAGGAGCUUCACUGCAUGCAUCGCUACUAUUGUUUCGGAUAUCGAUUUGGAUGCUUUAGUGAGAGCGCUUGGAUCGUUGACAUCAGAGCCUCAGUUUGCUGCCAUGAAUCGAAUUUGUGGAGUGAGCCCUGUAGUCCUUGGCGUUGCAAUUGUGCCUUUUGCAGAUGGGAUGACGGCGCAGGCAGUGGCAGAGAGCAAUACCAAGCUGCUAUCGUCGCGGUCAUUGCUGGAACAUAAGGAAACCGCUAAUUUGUGGCUGACCAUCGAGAUCAAACCAACAUAUAUCCCUUUCCUCGAGUCGCUGCAUUGCUGUGGAUAUCUGUACAGCCACGUCAGUUCGGAGAUCAUCUUUUACAAACAGCCGGAUCCAAGGAGUUUUCAAUUCCUUUCUCUCGACCCGCUGACUCUGGACAUUUCGAAGAUCAAUGCCUCUGGAGCCCUCUUCGACGCAGCGAUAAGUCCAAAGGCGGCACAAAGGCGAACAAAGUCUUCAAUGAACCACUCUCGUCUGUAUCUAUCUUCAUCAGGACGGACAGUGACGGACGAUAUGAAUAUUAACUCGUCCUACACGAUUGAGCAGGCUGUGCAUGCCAAGGCCAAGAAUUUACUCCGGAGGCGAGCCAGGAGCAGGAGCAUGUCGGAAGCAGUACGCGAGUCGGCGGUGGACCUUAGUAUCAAGGUGCGGUCCAAACUGGCGAUCACCGUUUCGAUGGUGUGGCCAAGGAUCCAACCCUUCACGAUCCGGCCUCUGAUGGUGAUCCUGUUUGUUCUGAGAGCUCUUGUAGAGUUUAGCUUGUGGGUACUGAAUUGGAGGUUUCCUGCCUGGGCGUUCAAUGGAAUUGCCAUCAAGGACAUGACAACGACAGGACAACAGAUCGACCUGAGACUGCAGCAAGCCUGUUUUUGGCCAUGGCAGUAUUUCAUGGCCAAGAAACGAGCGUGGACGAAUAUGUCUGUUACGAGAGCACAGUACAUCAGCUUCUACAAUAGUAUGUGGCUGGUCGCGAACGACAUUAUCAUCGGAGUCGCCUUUGGGUCGUUUCUUAUCAGCAACAACCAGUAUAUGGCAGAGGUGCUACAGCGCUAUGUCAAGGGCUAUACCAUCGACUCGAUCUCUGCAGUGUUGGAGUGGCUGACAUCCAAGAACGAAUAUCCCGCAGGACUCAAACUCAACCCCGAGCUAAACCCCUUCCUGGGCCAACUCUUUAAAUGGCUUAUCGAACUGUGGGCAGACUUCAUCAUCUCGCUCGCACCCAUCGUGCCUGUCGCCAUCAACUUGAUUGGGCUUUCGGGAGCAUUUGGAGCAACCAUGGCGCUUUCAUUGAUAUCGGACCUAUUGGCAUUCACCACACUCCACAUCUACUGGUUCUACAUGGUCGCAGCAAGGAUAUUUCACUGGCAACUCACUAUCCUCUAUUCUCUCUUCAAUCUGUUUCGCGGCAAAAAGCGAAACACGCUCCGGCACAGGAUUGACUCAUGCGACUAUGAUCUCGACCAGCUGCUUCUUGGGACGAUCCUAUUCACACUGCUGACUUUUUUGUUCCCGACUAUUGUCGUUUACUACCUGACAUUUGCCCUGGUAAGCACUGGCAGGAGGAUGCUGUAA